AUGGAAAUCAUUCGGGAACUAUAUGAUACGCCUAUUGGGAGACAUAACGGUAUUCUUCGGACCACGGCUAGGGUGCGGUCACAAUUUGAGUGGCCACGUAUGCCGGAAGAUAUUAAGCAUUAUGUGCAAACUUGUCCAGUGUGUCAGCAAACAAAGUUAGUGCAGCAUAUCAAGGCCAUAAUUACUGCUGAAGAGGUGCUGCUUCUUGACCCAUCCGAUUAUAAUUUUACUCCGGUUAUACGAAAACUACGAAGGUGGCUAAAACCAAUUAAUAGCCGUAACUUAGACAGAGUUUGCAAAUUGAAAAGUCAAAUGACAAGGUUGACUGCCCGUGUGCAAAAUGUGCUGAGGGAUGAGCUAGAACAACUCUUGGACAACGAUGUGGCAGACCUUUACCUUUCUAGAAAGUUGGCCGUUGCAUCACCUGUUAGUGGCUCAGGUGCUGCUACUUGGUUCCUUGGAUCACCUACUAUAGGCUCAAAGAAAUCUAGAGCCAGUAGGGCUAGUAUAGCAACAGUUCCCAGGGAAGAGAAUGAUGCUGAGGAACUUGAGAUGUUAUUUGAGCUGCAUGAAUAUAUUGAUAACACAGAAGACUACAUCAACAUUCAGCUUGUCUACAUAAUCACAAAGAUUGUGACAAGUAUAAUAGUCGUUUUGCGGGUUUCAUUGAAUGUAUAAUUCAUUUUCUUUAUCGAGUGGCUACAGUUGGAGCUCUUUCUCAGUUCUGGAACUGUAUGUUUAUCUAUUUAUUCUUUGGUAGCCGGCAUAUUUGGCAUGAACAUUCUGUAUACUUGGAAUGAUGAUCACAGAUACAUGUUUAAAUGGGUUAGCAUUGAACUUCAAUAAUGCUAUAUUGAUGGUAAAUUUCUCAUCCUAUAUUGUGGUUUCUUACACUUAAAAUGGAUGGUUCCAGUUGGUGAUUUUCUCCGAGGCAUUUUGUGCCAUCCUUUUUGUACUUAUCAUUUCUUAUGCUCGAUGUAAAGGUCUUGUUGGAUCUUGAUUUUCUUUCUCAUAUUGGAGAGUAUCUAGCACCACCAUUGCGUUCUUCCAUUUCAAAGAAGACAGCAAAUUCUUGACACCUGAUAAACACCUUUUUUGGGUGCAAAUGCAAAUUGUGAAAUACUAUAGGCAACAUUUUAUUCCUUUCCUUGGAUAUUAAUUAUAAAGAAUCUUUUUCGUUUUUAUACGCACAUGUUGGAGUUUAAUA